AAAAAAGAAAACGAAUUAAAAAAACAAAAAUAAUAAUAAAGAAUAGCAGCUCGUGAGAAUCCACUUGACAGUCCAACCAAAGCGCAAGGAUCCUUCCUUCGUUGUCCGAACGCACGGGGGAAGCUGUAUACGCAACAACCCUCCCCUACCACUCAAACCCUUAUCUAUAUACACACACACACACUCGUCUCUCUGUUUUCCAAGAAACACAAUCUUGAAUCCGCUCUCCCCGCCUCCAAAGAUCAAUCGAUUUCGGGUUUAGGGUUUCGGGCAUGGAGAAUCACCAAGAACAAUCAGCAUUAGAACGCAUAAGACAGCACCUCUUGGCGGAUUUCUCCUCGGCCGAGUCGACCUUCAUCCCCAGGCUCCAGACAAUCUCUCAGAUCCAAGUAUCGAAACCAGUUUCGACUCUGAGCCGACGAAAACCGUCUCUUUCGGGCAUAGCUGUCCCUAGGACGAGCACUUCACCGAGAUCCAGCGGUAACAACAACGUUGUGAUGACCAACCAUCAUCGUGAUGAGAGUGAGCAGAGUGGCGAGGGGAGGCGUUACAGAGGCGUGAGGCGUCGUCCAUGGGGGAAAUACGCGGCAGAGAUAAGGGAUCCGAACAAGAAAGGAGCCCGAGUCUGGCUGGGAACUUAUGAAACCGCCAUUGACGCAGCCAGAGCUUACGACAGAGCUGCGUUCAGGUUACGCGGGAGAAAAGCUAUCCUUAACUUCCCUCUCGAAGCAGGGAAGCUCUGUAACGAUGGUAGUGAUGAUAUAUGCAUCGAAGAAAGGAAGAGGAAGAGGGGAGAAGAGAGCGUCGCCUCGACCAAUGAGACGAUGACACGUAAGGCUGUGAAGAGGGAAGAGCAAGAAGGUUGUCCGUUGACGCCGUCAAGUUGGACGGAGUUUUGGGAUAGAAAAGGGAUGGGAAUCUUCACGGUUCCUGAGUUAUCUCCUCUCCCAUCUCUUGGGUACUCCCAACUUGUGGCCAUCAGCUCAUAGAUUUACACUCUCUGAUUUGUGUUGUUAUUCGUUGAUUCGUCUUAUUGAAUGAUAUCUUGAUUUUUUUUAAGCC